AUGACGAGUGAGGAGGCGCGAGAAGGUCGGGUGGUGUUCAUCACGGCCACCAGCGGGACGAGCGACGACAACGAGACGCCGCUGUUGAUGAAGCUGCUCAAGGAGAAGCACGGGGUUGAUGCAGUGAACCUGGCCUGGGACACGCCCGAUGUAUUUGAGCACUGGACGCAGCGCGAUGUGGGCAUCGUCAAGUCGCCAUGGAACUACCACCUCAAGUACGAUGAGUUUGUGGCCUUUUUGGACGAGGUGGAGCGCCGCAACCUCGUCAUCCACAACAGCCUCUCUGUCCUUCGCUCCAACAUUCACAAAGGGUAUCUGACCAAGUUGGAGGAGAAGGGCAUCCCCACUAUUCCAACAGCGCACUACAGCAGAGGCACCAAGCAUUCAGUGGCAGAUCUGGUUGAGCAGCGCGGAUGGUCUGACGUUGUGAUCAAGCCAGCUGUGGGCGCCAGCUCAUUCAAGACGAAGCACUUCCGCGCGGCCGACCACGAGGCCGCCCAAGCCCACCUGGACGCGCUCCUGGCAGACCGCGACGCAAUGGUACAGAAGUUCAUGCACAGCAUUCGCACGCGCGGAGAGACCAGCCUCAUUUGGUUCGACGGCGCCCUGUCCCAUGCAGUGCACAAGCGCGCCACAUUUGAGGGCGACCAGCUCCAUUUUCCCGAGCACUCAGCAGCACCAACGGAGGUGGAGCGAGCGUUUGUGGACCGCGUGCUGGCAACGCAGCCGCCAUGCCUGUACGCCAGGAUUGACAUUAUGCAGGACGACGACGGCAGCAUCCGCUUGUCGGAGCUGGAGCUGACAGAGCCAUAUCUGUACCUGCCAAUUCACCCUGGUGCCUCAGAGGCGUACGCGGCCGCAAUCGCCCGCACUUUGCAGCGACACACAGCAGCGACAGCAACGACAACUAGCACAGCACAGGCCGUAGACAGUAAGCAGUGA